GGGAGAGGGGAAUGCAGAGGUGGCUGUUAUGGCGGAGGUGUUUUAUUGGAUAUUAACGUUUGUUCUCAUUUUGACACUUCUUUGUAACCUCGGUUACCAGCUUAUAUUGUUGGUGGACCUGGAAUUUGAUUAUAUCAACCCAUAUGAUUCAACAUCUCGGAUAAACCAGGUUAUCUUGCCGGAGUUUAUCACCCUAGGAAUCUUCUGCUUCAUGAACCUUAUAGCAGGACAUUGGUUUAUAUUCCUGAUAUCUCUCCCUUCCCUGUAUUACGAUUUGAGUUUGUACGUUAAAAGAGAACACUUAACGGAUGUUACUGAAAUCUACAAUAAGGUGAAAUGGGAGAAAAAGAAGCGGUUGUUCAAAGUUGCACAUCUUCUUGGGCUAUUUGUCGUUUCUAUAUUGAGCUUGGUAUUGACCCUUACAGAGGAUGUGCAUUAACUGGUGACUUACCUUCCAUGCCUGCUAAGUUACAGGCUGAGGCAUUCAAUACUUUUGUGGACAAAUCCAUUGUGUGAGCUAAAUUCCAUGGGCAAGAGCCAUGGUUAGAGCCAUUUAUGAUGGACUGAGCUCCUUAGAGAGGAACAUGUGACAAUCCAUAAUGCUGCUUUAAGCAAGAAAGAGAGAAAACGGAGCUCCUAGUGGUUUAGGUACAAACAUAAACUGCUGUGUUAUAUGCAUAUUUUUACUCUCAUUUGCUGCCUAUGCAUGCAAACCAUUGUAGCAGCAACAGCACCAAAGACCACUGACAAUAACAUUUUCUGAUUGGUUUAAACGUUAUUUAUGAGAGUUGUAAUAUCCUAA